UCUGUCAUCAUCCCUUUAUCAUCGUUUUCCCUUGCCGCCCGGUUGCUUGGUGCUCGGCGUUGCCGUCGAUUCACAACUCCGAUUGUUGGGUGCUGCUGUCGAUUCAAAAAUACAAAAUGGGCUGAGCCGCUAUCGAUUCACGAACACGAAUCGACGUUUCAGUUCUCGGUGCUGCCAUUUCCGUGCAACGCGAUUCGAUUCACAACUCCGAUUACUUGAUGCCAACGUCGAUUCACAAACACAAACUCUUGGCUGAGUUGGCUCUUCGAUCAGCAACCGGCGUCAACCAUCCGGCUUCUCCCUGAACCUCUUCGAAUCAGAGCAGGCCAUAUCCUUCCAAAGACCCUAAAAUUGAACAACAAUUAGGAGGAGGCAGAAUGGCUUUCAGGUCCAAGGAAAUGAUGAAGAAGAUAAUGAAGAAGAUAGGAGGAGAGAAGAACUUGGCUCCUGGGGUCAAAGAAUCAUUAAGGAGAUCCGUGCCUGACAGCAAGGUGGUGAUGGGAAGAGCUCACCGCGGACUCUUCGCGGGUCGCCACAUCCAGUUCGGCAACCGCGUCAGUGAAGAUGGUGGCAACAAGACAAGGAGGACGUGGAAACCCAAUGUGCAGGAGAAGCGGCUCUUCAGUUACAUCAUAGAUCGGCACAUUCGUGUAAAGGUAACAACCCAUGCCCUCCGUUGCAUAGACAAGGCAGGUGGGAUUGACGAGUACUUGCUGAAGACGCCAUACCACAAGAUGGACACAGAGCUGGGCCUCUUAUGGAAGGCCAAAAUUGAGAAAAUGUACGAGGAGCUCGGGGAGAUGGAGGUAGUUUUCUUUUCUCCCGAGGAUGAAGCCAAGUUCGAAGAGGGCUUUAAAGAAAUGAAACUAGCUGAAAGGGGAGCUCGUAGGGAGGCGAGAAGACAGAUGUAUGGAUGGUCGGGCAAACCAGAGCAGAUCGAAAGAGGAAGAACAGAUGUUGAAAGCAAAGCAGAGGAGUCGCAUGGAAAUGAUCCCGAGCAGCUGGUUGCUAACUCUUAGAUCCUCCCUUCCAAUCUUUUUGGCUGUCGAGUUUUGUUUCUCUUCAAAGUCUUGCUGCCUGUUUCCUCUCCCAGCAUUGUGAAGAAUGAUGUCAUAAUGUUGGAUUUUGGGUUUAUCUUUUGCCGUUCUAGUUUGUCACUGCUGCUGGCCAGUCAUUCUCUUUCAGCCACACAUUAUAUAUAGGUUGAAGCUGUGUUUCUAUGCA